CGCGGUCAGCUGAGCGGUCACGUGAGGCGGCGGGGCGGGGCCGGACGCCUGGGUCCUUCCCGGUGCCGGUACUGCCGGCGGCGCCGGCGCCAGCAGAACGCAGUGCAGCGCAGCGGGGCGCGGCGACACCCGCGGAGCUCCGGGGCGGCCCCGCCGCCGCCCGGGCCGCGCUGCCCCCGCGCCGUCCCGCUGCGCGGCUCCGCGGGGAGGCGGCGCCCCACGCGCGGCGGUGCCGCUGCUUCAGCCGCCGUGGGAGGGGCGGCGGCGCCGGGCCUUAAAGGCGGCGGGAGCGGGCGCGAUACCGGGCGCUGCUGGGAGCCGUCUCGGCCGGUGCCGUCGCGGAGGCGCCAUGCGGGCCGGCGUCCUGGGCUGGCGGUGGCGGCUGCUGCUGGUGCCGCUGCUGCUGCUGGUGCUGGCGGCGCCCGGGGCCGCAGGCGCCCGGCCCUGCAGCCCCAAGUACUUCGGGCGCGACUCCAUGGUGUGCAUGUGCAGCGCCACGUACUGCGACGCGCUGGACCCCGUGGCGUUGCCGGCCCCCGGCGCCUACGUCAAGUACGAGAGCAGCAAGGCCGGCAAGCGGCUGGAGCGCAGCGAGGGGAGCUUCCGCCGCGGCCUCCCCGCACCAGAUCUCGUCCUGACCCUGGACACGGCGCGGCGGUACCAGAAGGUGAAGGGUUUCGGCGGCUCCGUCACCGACUCGGCUGCGAUCAACAUCCUCUCCCUGCCAGAGCAAGCUCAGGAGCACCUGCUGCGGUCCUACUUCUCGGAGGAAGGGCUGGAGUACAACCUCAUCCGCAUCCCCAUGGCCAGCUGCGAUUUCUCCCUUCAUGCCUACACCUAUGACGACGUUGCCUUUGACUAUGACCUUGCCCACUUCAGCCUGAGAGACGAGGACACGAAGCUGAAGAUCCCCAUCCUGCAGCGAGCCUUGGCCAUGACCAAGCGGCCGCUGUCCCUCUGUGCCAGCCCCUGGACCUCUCCAGCCUGGAUGAAGACCGGCGAGUCCUUUGUUGGCAAGGGCACGCUGAAGGGGCAGGCAGGGGACAAGUACCACAAGACCUGGGCCAACUACUUUGUACGGUUCCUGGAUGAAUACGCCAAGCACAACCUGACCUUCUGGGCUGUGACAGCGGAGAACGAGCCCUCAGCCGGGCUGAUCAACAACUACCCCUUCCAGUGCCUGGGCUUCACGGCCGAGCAGCAGCGGGACUUCAUUGCGCAGGAUCUGGGCCCCGCGCUGGCCAACAGCUCCCACCGUGACGUCCAGCUCAUCAUCCUGGAUGACAACCGGCUGCAUCUCCCGCACUGGGCCAAAGUGGUCCUGGAGGAUGAACAGGCAGCUCGCUAUGUCCAUGGCAUCGGCAUCCACUGGUACCUUGACUUCAUCAGUCCCAUAGAAGACACUGUGGUGCCCACUCACGAGCUCUUCCCCGACUACUUCAUCUUGGCCACAGAGGCAAGCAUCGGGGCCCACUUCUGGGAGAGGAACGUCAUCCUGGGCUGCUGGGAACGGGGGAAUCAGUACAGUCAUAGCAUCCUGAUGAACUUGAACCACUUUGUGGUCGGCUGGACCGACUGGAACCUGGCCCUAGACCUGGAGGGGGGCCCCAACUGGGUCAAGAACUAUGUGGACAGCCCCAUCAUCGUGGACAGCAGUCAAGGCAUCUUCUACAAGCAGCCCAUGUUCUACCACAUGGGGCACUUCAGUAAGUUCAUCCCGGAGGGCUCCCAGCGUGUGGGGCUUGUCGCCUCCAAUAAGACCGACCUGGAGUACUCGGCUUUCCUGCGCCCCGACGGUGCAGUGGUGGCUGUGGUCCUUAACAGGUCCCUGCAGAACGUGACCUUUGGGCUGGCUGAUGUGGUCGGUCUCAUCGAGGCCGUGGCUCCAGCCAGCUCCAUCCAGACCUACCUGUGGCGACGGCAGUGACGGGGCUGGGAGCUCCCAGCUGGCCACGGGCUGGACUGAGAAGGACUGGGAGGGACACUGUGGGACAGCAGCCCCUCACCACCCGUGGGCAAUGCGGAGGAGGUGGCUCGCCCGUGUCUGCGCUGCAGCGAAGCUGAGCGCUGGGCCUGAGCCGGCUGGAUUCGGCCAAGCACCGGGACUGGGCAGGUGCUGCGGGCACCAGCGCGGGUGAGAGGGGCAGCAGAGGAGUGAGCUGGGCCGCAGCCCCCUGCGCGCGUACGGGCGGGCUGGGGGCACUGGUGCCCUGCAGGGCAGAGGGCCUGCAAGCUGUGAAUGCCAUUUCUGCUGCUCUGACAUUAAACGCUGGUUCAGUCUCCA